AGGAAGGACGAGAGAUGAGGUGGACCAUGUCGGGGUAGCGGUCUGGAGGCGGAGGCCUGUGAGGACAGAGCGGAGGCGAAGGGGGACGCAGAGGCAGAGCAGAAGCAUCUCUGGGCUCCCGCGACCUCUUUCCGGCGGCGGACUCUGCCUCGGUGCGACUGGUGAAGAGGUCGGAGCCAACUGGGGAGCUGAUACAUCUGUGAGAGCAACACCCACCCCUCUCUCCAAUCCCAGCAAACAGUUACUUGUUGCUUUUCCGGACUUUGGGAAGUUUCUCCAUAACAUACUCAAGAGCUUUCAUUGCUUCUCUCAGUCAUCUGACUAAACACUUCAGGAAGGUUGCAGCCCUGGCUUCUCAAAUCUGUGAGGGCACAGGAGGCCUGUGACAAUGAAGGAACUGCAAGCACAUGACCAGCCUGACCAAGAAAUCUUAUGCCAACUUUACAGGCAGUCCUGCUGCCACGAUUCCCCUGGUUCCCGUGAGGUACUAAGCCAGCUCAGGGAGCUCUGCCAACAGUGGCUGCAGCCUGAGAUGUACAGCAAGGAGCAAAUCCCAGAGCACUGGUGCUGGACAGUUCCUGACCAUGUUACCCAAGGAGCUCCAGACCCAGGUUUCAGCCCAUACAAAAGAGCAGAAGAUGCUCAUUAAAGAGGCAGUGCCCCCAGGAAGAGUCCAGGAGUCACUGAAUAUUCGGCUCCAGACCAAUGAGAUCCAGUCCAUAAGUGUGUCUCCACAGGAUGGAGAAGGUGCAUGUAGGUUUAAAAAUGUAAAAUUGACUUUAGAGAAAAAAAGUUCUGAAGAAAUAGCAUUUCAGUCACUGUUACUGGGAAGAUUAAAAGCUGAUGAUCCCCAGAAGCCUAUAAUUGAACACACUUGUGACCCUGAGAGCAGAUAUGAAAGGUAUCAAGAAAAUCUUUUAUUGAUGAAAGAGAGAAAAGCUUUACCCCAGGAAAGAGAUCACAGAGAAGUCAUGAAAUUUGUACCAAAGGAAAUACUUAGGGGAGAGAGAGAUAAUAAAUGUGAUGAGUGUGGAAAGUUCUUCACUAAAAAAUCAAAUCUCAUUCGACAUCAGAUAAUUCACACUGGGGAGAGACUUUAUAAAUGUAAAAUUUGUGAGAAAGCCUUCAGUGGAAGCACCAGCCUUCAUCUUCCUCAGAGGAUCCACUCUGGAGAGAAACCUUAUAAGUGUGAUGAAUGUGGGAAAGCCUUUAUCGUGAAGUCCAGUCUGAUCCUGCAUUAUAGAGUCCAUACCCUAGACAGACCCUAUGAAUGUGAUCAAUGUGGCAAAACCUUCAACUGGAGCUCAGAUCUUAGUAAGCAUCAGAGGAUUCACACUGGAGAGAAACCCUAUGAAUGUAGUGUGUGCAACAAGGCCUUCAAUCAGACAUCUGACCUUAUCAAGCACCAGAGAAUACAUACAGGAGAAAAACCCUACAAAUGUCAUGUGUGUGGGAAAGCUUUUAAUCAGAGCUCACUCCUUAUUAAGCACCAGAGAGUACGCACUGGGGAGAAGCCCUUUCGCUGUGAAGAUUGUGGAAAAAGCUUUAGUCAGAAUGCAGGUCUGACAUCACAUCAGAGACGGCACAUGUGAGAGAAAUUUUAUGGAUGUAAAGAGUUCAAGAAAGCCCUUAGUGAAAUCUCACACCUCAUUAAGUAUCACAGAACUCAUACAAGGUACAUCAUGGUGUUGAAUGUGGGAAGAGCUUUACUCACAAUGAACACCUUAUUUCACAUCAGAAAAUCCUCAACUGGGGAGAGGCCCUGUAAAUAUGAAUGUGGGGAAGCAUUCCAUAAUAAUUCAGAACUUUCUAGACAUUGAAAACACUCACACAUACACAUCAAAGAGAGAAAAGGACUUACAACUCUGAUGAAUAUGUGUAAAACUCUAGGUUUCCCUUGUGAUUGACCUAUAGAAAGUAGAUAUUGAGGGGAAAUAUGAAUAUAAUAAUUGUAAAAUGUUUCAGUGGUAGCUGCUUGAUUCACUUAACGUUAGGAUUUCCAUCAAGGAUAUGCCCAGGGAUUAGUAGAAGUAUACAUAUAUUUUCCAUCAUUAUAGUCCUUCAGGAAAGAGUCAGUCUCACCCAGUGACCAGUCCCAAGCUCCAACCUAACUCUUAGGGGGAAAUAAAGAGUCUGUACAUAUUUGAGAACUUUGAUAUUUAGAAAGCAGGUGAAAUAUUGGAAGUUUCAUUCACUCUGAGAGUUCCCUUAUAAAGACAAUGCUUUGUGAUAUUCAGGAUCCUGUGCUCUCUGUUUCAAGAAAAAAGAUGCUCAUUACAUCCAAAAAGUCUUAUACUGGGUAUCAUUUGAAAGGUAUCGAGAAAUAAAAUGUUUUCCUCUCCUGUUCAAACCUAGACCACCAUGUGUAGCCCGAUUUCCAAACUUUCACAAAGAUCUAGUGAUGUUGGAGCAGAGCCAGGGAAAGGCCACUUGACUAUUCUUCCUCAUCUUUGUAUGCUCGUACCUGGCAUAGUGUCUGGCACUUGAGUUCCAUAAACAUUUAUUGAAAUGAGUUCAAUUAAAAUAAAUGUAAUUGAUAGAUCCCAGAGCCAUAUGGUAUACUUGUUAAGAAGUGGUAUAAAGUGAAAAAUAUUUUAAGACAUUUAGAUAUAUUGGUGGGAUGAUUGAAGUAGGAAUCGCCACUCUUCUGAAGGUUUAUAUGUCGCUCAUGAGUUGAUAUAUAGGAGGGCAAUCUUCCCUCCUACAAUUUGAGAAUCAUACAGAACUAGGCGGGGAAGAACAGAGACCUGAACAAAUGGACUCUUAAAGUUAUGCUUUUAAAGGAAAAGAAAAAAAUGGUAACAUCAAUUCCUUAAGUACAAUAUACUUGCUAAUGUAGUUAUUCUGUUCUAUAUAAAACUAUGACCAUGUUAAUAUUCUCAAGGUUUCCUUUGUCUUUGUGAUACAGUCAAAUGUGUUAUCCUGAGCUUGGAAAUCUGAAAUCAGAUAUAAGAAUGUCUCUUUAAAAGGGGGAAUCAGCUUUUAAUUAAAAGGAAGCUAUGAAGCAAGUCACUUGAAACUUAAAAUACUUUGUUUAUUCAAGUACCAUGUUAUAAUUCUUUAUCUGCUGGUAUGCAGUGGUUCACAAGCCAGGACGUUGGAAAUACAUUAUGUUUGGGGACAUUUUUGGUUGUUAUAAUGACGGCUGUGUCACUCUCAUUUUGUGGGUGGAGUCCAGGAAUUAUAAACAUUAUAUUAUAUAGUAUAUAUUAUCAUAUAUAGUAUUGACAGAAUUAUAGUAUAUUGUAAAUAUAUACUAUAUUGUAUUAUAUAUAUAAAAUAAAUAGAAGAGUAUAUUGUAGUAGAGUAUAAAGAAAGAAUUGUUUCAUCCAAAAUGCCAGUAAUAUCCCUUUUGGGAAAUGUUGAACUAAAGGAGAUGAAAUGUUUACAACCCAAAUUGCUACACAAAUAAUAUAUUUGUUAAUUAAAAUAAGCUAAAGUUGUAAGUAGUCUGUAUUUCUGUUCUCUGUCAAAAGUAAUAUAUUUCUUAGAUCAAGAUGGUAGUGAGAUGCUUCAGGGUUCUGUCCCAUAGAAGCUUUCAACAACCAGGGAGAACUUAUAGAAACAUCUUUUUCAAUGUGCCAGAAAGACUUAAAGGACUGCAUAACAGGGUAAGCACUGAAUCAUGAAAAAAGCUACUUAAAAGCUGUAGGCUCUCUUAGCAUCCUGGCUGCCCCCUCCCCCACCCCUCACAGGCUUAGCUCAGAGCCAGCCCUUGCUCCCAGUGCAGAUCUUUGGUCUCAGUUCCGGAAGGAGCAGAGUGGCCCUCAGGCACAUGCUGGGAGUAUGUAUGUCUGGCCCAAUCUGUCUGAUGGUCUGAGGGACUUGCCAUCACAGAACUUGCCCUACAGGUAGAAAGCAGUUCACGGAGCUCUCCUACAGAACAGUUUGGAUGAACAGUUGAGUGGCUGCCUAAGGCAAGGUGUUGCUGGCUGUAGAACACAGUGCAGUGCCUGGGACUGUGAGGAAACUGUUUCCUAGGGAAGAGAGGAUAUGUAUAACCCUGUAAACAAGGGAAUACCUAACGCCACCCCAAGACAAGGUGCAUGCACAGAAAGGAUCAGGGAGGCCCCUAUGCUUUGGCCUGAAGCUCCUAUUCUAACCCAUACUACAGAUAAAUCCUGAAGAAGAGCUGUUGCACAGGUCAAUCUGCAAAGACUGGGAAAAGUGUUAUGCAUUAUGGGAGUUCCAGAAGGAGAAGAGGGGGGGCAGAGGGAAUAUUCAAAGAAAUAAUAGCUGAACACUUCCCCAAUUUAAUUAAAGACAUUAAUAUACACAUCCAGGAUGCUCAGUGAACUCCAAACAGUAAGUCCAAGUAGAUCCGCACUGCAGCAUAUUAUAAUCAGAUUUUUGAAUACAAAAGGUGGUAUAAGGAAAACCACAAGAGAGACUCAACAUGUCAUGCAUUCACAAGGGAGCCUCAGUAAGAUAAAGUGCCAAUUUCUCAGCAGAAACCAUGGAAGCAAGAAGGCAGUGGAAUGACAUAUUUAAAGAGCUGAAUGCAAAAAGCUUCCAACCAAGAAAUUCUAUGUCUGGUAAAACUGUCUUUCAAAAAUGAGGAAGAGGUUAAGACAUUCCCAGAUAAACAAAAGCUGAGGGAUUUUGUCACCACUAGAUCAGCCCUACUAAAUAUGCUAAAGAGAGUUCUGCAGGUUGAAAGGAAAGGAUAGUAGACAAAAUAACAAAGCCACAUGAAAUUAAGAUCUCUGGGGAGAGCCACGACAUGAGUAAAUAUUGAUGUCAAUACAAUUGUAUUUUUGAUUUCUAACUCCACUUUUUACUUACUACAGGAUCUAAAAGGCAAAUGUAUAAAAUAUGAUAAAUCAAUGGUUUUGGAUUCAUAAUGCAUAAACAUGUAAUUUGUGACAAGAACUACAAUAAAGGUGAUGGGAUAGAGGGGUUAGGAACAUAGUUUUUGUAUACUAUUACAGUUGGUGUUAAAGCAAACAAGAUUAUUAUAGAUUUGGAGUGUUAAAUGUAAGUCCCAUGGUAACUGCAAAGAAAAUAUCAGAGAAUAUGUAAACUCAUAGUGACAGAAAUUAGAGUACAAGUUGCCAGAUGCGGUGGCC